CGGGAAAAAGUGUAAUCGGCUCGACUACCUGGAACAAGUACCACCGUGAGUUUCGCGGAAAGUACCCAGUUUUACCGACGCAAGCACAGAGAAAUUGUUAGACUUUUCUUUCUGUAAAAUAUCUUAUUUCAGGACCGAGCCGUGUAGUUUAGGCCAUACUUCAGAUAAAGUGACCGGACUGCAAGCUUUUUUUUUCCUGGCUCAGGAUAAUUUUACAUGAAACUUACUUUGAUAUCCGGAAGGAUUUUGUAGAAUAUUUUAUAUAGGUCGUUUUGAAAUCCUGAGGUAUUUUUCCACGAUGACAGACACCAAGCACCCUCAUGUGAUUUUUUGUAACGAUUCUCCUAAAAGAGUGCUGGUUUCUGUGAUCAAAACAACCCCAAUCAAGCCAAAGGCUGUGGAGUCGGUGAUGCCCACCAGUCCCGGUUUUAGUGAUUUUAUGGUUUAUCCGUGGCGAUGGGGAGAAAACGCACACAAUGUAACUCUGAGUCCCGGAUCAGGAAACGGAGCCGCUUCUCCCCCUAGAAACAGCGCGGUGACAGAGCCGGACAUCACGUCCUGCACAGAGCACCUCAAGGAUGGAAUCCGUCGUGGCCGUCCCCGUGCCGAGACGGUGCGAGAGCUCAUCAGUGAGGGCGAGAACUCCACUAGCCGUAUCCGCUGCAACGUGUGCAACCGUGUUUUCCCCCGAGAGAAAUCACUGCAGGCACACAAACGCACACACACAGGUGAGAGGCCGUACCUGUGUGAUUAUCCAGACUGUGGGAAGGCGUUUGUUCAGAGUGGUCAGCUGAAAACCCAUCAGCGACUCCACACUGGGGAAAAGCCCUUUGUUUGCUCAGAGAAAGGCUGUGGUAGCCGUUUCACUCAUGCUAAUCGACACUGCCCUAAGCACCCAUAUGCCAGGCUGAGGAGAGAGGAGCCCAGUAGUGAGCCUGGGAAAUCACAAGGGGCUGACAACAAGGCUGUGGCUGAGUGGUUAACAAAGUACUGGCAGAUGCGUGUGCAGCGAACCCCAGUGCCAAGUAAAGGAAAAACCCUGAACAAAGUGACAGUGGAGGAUCAGGAGCAGCAGGACCCCAUGGACUUCCUGCCCUCUGACGAAGGUGAAGAGGAAGAGCAGGAUGAGGAGAAGAGUGGAGGAGGAGCCACUCGGCGACGCCUCCAGGAGCAGAGAGAGCGGCUCCAUGGAGCACUGGCUCUUAUUGAGCUCGCCAACAACUUGUCUCCAUAAAUGAAACCCUGGGGUUGCAUACUGCUGGUUAAAUUCUAGCUUAUGUCCAAACAUGACGAGUGAAUGAUCUAAAAAAAAUUGUAUCUACAUUUAGGAUUUUGGUCACUAAUUGGCAUAGCAAAGCAAGUUUGCCACGUUUGCAACCCUCGGAUUUAUGGCCUGUGACGGCCGACAUAAGCUAAAAAGCACCUUAUUUUUGCUUCCAGUUUUAACCUUAGGCUGCUAUAGUAGAUUUGUUUAUAUGAAGAUUGUUUUACUUAUUAUUAUUUUUUUUUCAGCUUAUCAAAGAGAAAGACGAUCAUUAUUUUGUUUGGAUUUUGUCAUGCACUUUUAUGCGGUAAUGAGUUUUUCUCUUUCAGUUGCGUGUGGAAUUGAGCAUGUUUAUAUCAUUUACAUAGAUGGACUUAGGUAGGUGUGUGUGUGUGUGUGUGUGUGAGAGAGAGAGAGAGAGAGAUUUGGUGUGCAUUAAGAUGCUGCACUUGUAAUGUGGUGUGGGAAUAAUCAGUUCAGUCAGGAGAAACCAGCAUGGGCUCUGUGUGACAGGACAGCACUCUUUGAUAAGCUGCACCUGAGUUAAUAGAAUAGAGCAUUUUUUAAAAAACAUACUCAGUCCACUGUUUUGUCAUGUGUAUGUUAUAUUCCGCCUGAGGUUUAGACUGCGCAGUAACAUUAACUAACACAAGCUCAGUGAAACUAUAGAAAGCUCCAUAUCCUUUCCAACAUGCACAAAUAUAUUAGCUUUUAGCAGCCAGUGUUUUGAGUUAUAUUAAAGGAAAUUCACAUUAUUUAGUAUUACUUCUACAUAAAGCAGUUUGGCAGUGGGAUCCUCAUUAAUGAUUAUGUCAGCUUUCAAAGUAUGACUGGAAAAAGAUUUUCCACUUAAAAUCAUACAGACAGCACUUGUUUUGGUAAUGAGAAGAGGGUUUUUUUUUAUUAUUUUUAUUUUCCCCCUCCUGUAUUGAUGAUGGCAUAUUUACAGUUUAACACUACAUUAGGUUGGGGUUUUUUGUUUUGUUUUGCCCAAAAACCUUUGCCAUCUUUUGGCUUUCUUUUCAUUGUAUCUCUGAAAAUUAUAAACACCUCCCAAUGCUGAUAAAAUUAGAUGCUCAGUACAGUGACAUUUGGUAGAAUUAUAUGAUCUCCAAAGCCUAAUCUGGUGAAAAUAUACAAAACUGGAAAGUAUCUUUACUGCUGAACAUCUAAAAUGAAAACAGAUUAUAUAAUGUACACCUAUUUUUUUUUAAAUUGUGUUCUUAUGUGUGUGUAUAUAUGAAUAAUAUAUUCCACCAAGUCAUUUGGAAACAUGCACGAGUUCUAAGUUAAAUUCUCAGAAGCAUCCUUUGUGAUAUUUGUGCGAGUGUGUAUGUGUGCGUGACAACAGAAUGUAAAUCAAGUUGUUCAGUCUGUAACAUGGAAAAGUUUGAUGUUUGAAAAGGGACAUUGUAAAUGUACACAACAGGCAUUUUCUUGGAUUAUCCUGGUUAGUACUGCUGGUUUUCAAUAAACACCAUAAAAGACUGACAAUAA